GAUCAAAGCGCGUACACGUGCACGGAGCGGAAGGGCUCAGGCGCGAAGUCGCCGGGACGUUAGAGGGAGCGCGCUCCAAGCUAGGAACGACUCGCGCACGCGCCUCGCUCUCGCACUCGGCCUGCGCAGGCGCAAGCCCGCAAGAUGGCGGCGGCUGGAGCAGGACGUUUGAGGCGGGCGACUUCGGCACUGCUACUCCGGGCCCCGCGUCUGCCGGUCCGGGAGCUGUCAGCUCCGGCUCGGCUCUAUCACAAGAAGGUUGUUGAUCAUUAUGAAAAUCCCCGAAACGUGGGGUCCCUUGAUAAGACAUCUAAAAAUGUUGGAACCGGACUGGUGGGAGCUCCAGCGUGUGGUGAUGUCAUGAAAUUACAGAUUCAAGUGGAUGAAAAGGGGAAGAUCGUGGACGCCAGGUUUAAAACAUUUGGCUGUGGUUCUGCGAUCGCCUCCAGCUCGCUAGCCACCGAAUGGGUAAAGGGGAAGACGGUGGAGGAAGCCUUGACCAUCAAAAACACGGACAUCGCCAAGGAGCUGUGCCUCCCGCCUGUGAAACUGCACUGCUCCAUGCUGGCCGAAGAUGCCAUCAAGGCCGCCCUGGCUGAUUUCAAACUGAAACAAGAAGCCAAGAAAGGAGAGGCGGAAAAGAAAUGAGCUCCCGGCGAAGCUUCUCGCAGGUCACGUGGGCUGCUUACCCGCCCCCCCCACGCCGUGCAGUCACGUAGGUGUUCAGAAGCCCUCGCACUACAAUAAAAGCACUAUGAGAUCCGCACAGCAUUUGCUGUUCACGUUGUGACUCUAAUGCACGCAAAACACACAGUCUAGUUGUUCUGAGUCCUGUGGUUUCCUGCAGCUCACUUUCAUCGCCUUAAUCUAGCGUAUGUCUAUUUUGAAUUAUGCAUAUGGCCCCCAAACUGAAAUCAGUAGGUUUGGGUAGUCGUGAAGUGCACAAAUAUCUGAUUUUACCGGAAUCUAUUUUGGGGAAGAUUACCAGUAGAAUGCCUUGGUUAAGAUUAUUUGGUAGGACCAAAUAUUGUACAUAAAACAGAUUUGCAUAUAUAUAAUAAAUAAAGGAAUAUAAGGCAGUGUUUGCCUCUGGUAA